AAGGUUUCAGGCAGCUGCUCCAGCUGCGCGGUGGUCUGUGCUCCCCGUCUCGCGCUCGAAGAAGCAACGCGCCUCCCCUCCCCCCCAUCAAUAUGGCUUCGGCUGGGGCGGGGAUGAACGAGCGCGAGCGGGACGGCUGCCGGGAGCUGUUGGAACUGCUCCAGACCGACGAUCUGCUGGCUCUAGCGGACACGGUGACCAGCCGCCUGGUGCAGCCCAGCAACCGCCAAGAAGCCAUAAAUGUCAUCUUGCUGUACAGUCAAAGUGCCGAAGAGCUGUUGAAAAGAAAGAAAGUAUUUCGAGAGAUAAUCUUCAAGUACCUGGCAACAAAAGGAGUUAUAGUGCCACCUUCUUCUGAAAAACACCAGCUUAUUUAUCGUGCAAAGGAGUACUGGUGUGAAGGACUGAAAGUCUGUGCUUCAGAGCAAACAUAUACUAAUCCUAGUAUACAGCAACCAGAAGAUGGAGGAACACGAGGAGAUCAAGAUGACAACAAAGAGUGUCACAAUCUGGCAGAAGAAUUUUGUCAGUGGUAUUUUAGAAUGCUAAACUCUCAGAACCCAUUGAUUGGAGAACCUCAAGAAGAAUGGGGACCACAACAUUUUUGGGGUGAUGUAACCCUAAAAUUUUGUUACAACACCUCUGAACAAAACAUGGAAGAGUACUCAGGUGCAGAAUUGGUGAGCCUUCGCUUGCUAUCAUUAGUGAAAGAAGAAUACCUCUUCUUGAAUCCCAACUUGAAUGCAGGCGGCCUGAAGUGUACAGUUUCACGAUAUGGAUUAGUUGUGGUAGCAGUAGCUGGCACAGUUCAUAGAAGUACUUGUUGUUUGGGAAUCUUUGAACAAAUCUUUGGCCUCAUCCGCUGCCCAUUUAGGGAGAAUACAUGGAAAAUCAAGUUUGUCAAUCUAAAGAUUGUUGGCCAAAAUGCCAUAGAGCCUGGGGCCCAUAUAGAAAGACCACGCAUAAAAUACGAGCAAGAAGAACUGCAGGAAUUUUAUGUGUCAAAGGAACUUGCCUUGAUUGAGCCUCAAAAAUACUGAGCGUUCUGUUUUGCAAAAUGAGGGAGAAAAGUAUGUGGACCUUGGAAAAUACAGCAGGAGAGCAUACUCAAAGCAUUCAGUAAUUUAUUUCCUCUUUUUUUUUUUUUGAAUUCUUGCUUUCCUGUUGUGACAUAAUGCUGACUACUGAUCAUAGAGAUUCGCUAUUGGUAAUGGUUGGCUUGACUCUUGCCCCCAAAUUUACAAUUCGAAAAAUUACUUUGGCAGAUUAUUUUCUAAAUGAGAAGGGAGGGAAGGUGAGAAGAUACUCCUACUUUCCUGUCAAUUGCUGGAAAGUAUUGGAGUGGGUGUGGUGGAUGGGGGUAGGAGUGAAUAGCCAGAAUCAAGUAUAAAUGAGAAGGAUAAAGCAUUGGAGAUGUAAUAUUGUCAUCUUGACUACUUGUAGCUUCCCUUUUUUCUCCCCUUAGUGGUAGAAGAAUAGAGAAGUGUGAUGAAUCUGUUAAGUUUGCAAGAGAUUCUUUUGCCAAAGACUUAAUUGUAAGUCUUAGUUAAAUAACUUUUCACAACUUAAUCUCAGGGUUGUACAAAACAAAGCAUUUUGGAUUUUUGAUAGAAUUUUCUGUUAAGAUAGCGACAUUAUUAAAAUGAUUAUUACUUAAAUUAGUAUCAUAUGCGUGAAAAGGUUACAGCAGUGCUAAAUUUAAUACAGAGUUUUCAUGGGGAAUUUAUGAAACAAUGCUGCUUUCCUCUAUAAAAUACUUUGAAAUUUGUUAUUUGACUUAUCAUUUGUUAUGUACAACCCUUAAUCAUUUAGCUGUUUACCUAUACCUAUAACAUACUUUUAAAAAUACAGGACAAUUGUGAAAUUAUUGAAAAACAAGCACUUUAUUUGUGGCAGUUAUUACAACUAGUUUAUUUCACUUAUAUUACUUUUUAUUCUUAAUAAAAGUUGCAAUCUUCCAAUUAAUUAUAAAAAGGCAGUAUUCUUACUACUUCAGAUAAUUGUGGAAGAAUCAAUUCUUCUUACUAGUUCUACUUCUUACUACUUGUGGAAGAAUCAGCAGUGAAUAGCAUAAAGAUAGUUUCCAGGUUUUGAACAAUUUUAUAGAUUGUAAAAUAACAUUUCAUUUUAUUUUUGGGUUUCCUGAAUGAUAAAGACUUAAAAGAUAUGUAUGUCAUUACAAACAGAGACUUUGUAUUUUUGAAUACAUGGGUAUUUAAGAGCAUUUCUACACUUAUCUACAGUCACAUGUACAUAUAUGGGGAUUAUUUCUAAAUAUAAACACAAUAGCCUACUGCUAUUAAAUAGGUUUUUUU